AUCCCCCAAAUAAUACCAAUAAAAUGAUUCAUAAUUUAUUUUAUAUACUUAUUAAUUUUUAAUUUAUUUAUUAUACUUUUAAAUUCAUUUUUAAUUAAAAUUAAUUUUAAAAAAAUUGAAGAAAAAAAAAUUGAACUAAAAAAAUGAAACUGACAUUGAUAA